AUGGAUUCUGUCUCAUUCCAUGACCGGGCAGAGCACACAAGUGGCAUGCAGAAGGUUGAACUGGGGCCAGCCGAUCUCUAUGCUGGACAUCGGCGUAUCCCUGACAAAUUUCCACGUAUCGCACUACUGAUCCUUGUUGUCGAGCUUGGCGAGCGGUUCACUUACUUUGGCCUCAGCGGUCCAAUGCAAAAUUACAUUAAGUGGGUCAAACUCGCGGUUAACCCCUAUGAUCCCGGGUCAGACCUCCCCGGUGCACUAGGUAGAGGGCAAGCAGUCGCAUCAGCCCUUGGAAACUUCUUCAAAUUUUGGGCUUACGCAUCUACAAUAAUUGGCGCAAUCAUUGCAGAUCAAUAUGUAGGCAAAUUCAAAGCCAUCACAAUCUCUUUAGGGAUCUACGUCGGGGGUUUGACCAUCCUCGUCGCUACUGCAACCCCGGCCGGCAUUCAGAGUAAUGCUGGAUUUGGUGGUUUGGUUGCUGCAAUGGUCAUCAUUGGCCUGGGAACCGGUGGGAUCAAAGCCAACGUGACUCCCAUGUGCGCCGAACAAUACCAGAACGCGGAGCCGGUUCUAAAGACACUAGAAUCAGGCGAGGUCGUGGUUGUUGACCUAGAACUAACCAUACAGCGACUCUUCAUGUGGUUCUAUUGGGUAGUCAACGUCGGUGCUCUCUCUCCCUUGGUCACGGUUAAUGUUGAGGCUAAGGCAUCUUUUUGGCUUGCAUAUCUGAUUCCAUUAAUUGCAAUAUGUCUCUCGGCUGUUGUGUUCUUAUCCGGUCAGAAAAAAUAUGUCAAAGUCCCUCCUCAGGGAUCCGCCAUCAUAGAUGCAUGCAAAGUCCUCAAUAUAGUUCGCCAGGAGAGACACUUCCUUGAUGCAAUGCCUUCGUCUCUUGAAGCUGCCGGUCGCUUGGACAAGUACCCGUUUGCAUCCUCAGCACGCUACACGGAUCAGUAUGUUGCAGACGUCCGUCGAGGAUUUAGAAGCUGCAGGAUGUUUAUUUUCCUUCCAUUUUACUUCAUCUGCUGGGUUCAGAUAUGGAACAACCUCAUCUCACAGGCUGGCCAAAUGGCACUGCAUGGAACACCGAACGAUCUCCUUCAGAACCUAGAUCCAAUUGCCUUGUGCAUUUUUAUUCCGCUUCUUGACUUGGGACUUUAUCCAUUGCUCCGCAAAUUCAAAAUCAACUUCAGCCCAGUCCGUCGGAUCUUUACCGGAUUUCUGCUUGUUUCAUUCUCUAUGGUCUACGCGAGCGUGUUGCAGCACUUCAUUUACACAUCGCCUACUAAAAGCAUACACGUGUGGAUACAGGCUCCCGCGUAUAUAUUCGUUGCUAUUUCGGAAGCUUUUGUUAUCGUGACUGGCUUGGAACUUGCCUUUACACAUGCCCCAAAGAACCUGAGGUCUUUUAUCUCUGCUUUGUUUUGGCUCAUGAUUGGAAUUGCGGCAGCAAUCUGUAUUGGUCUUACGCCGGUGUCCCGAGACCCGUAUCUUGUGUGGAUGUAUGGAUCUCUAGGGAUUGUGGGCUUCGUUGCUGGGUGUCUCUUUUACGCUUGUUUCAGAAAAAGUGCUUCUCUUAAUCCGAAGACUCUGGACAUUGUGGAAGGGGUCGAGGGAAACAGGGAGGGUGUUUCACACGUUGCCAACUAUGGUAAACACAGCGAAGCUUAA